AUGGCAAGUCAACUCCUUGGUUUAAGGGACGUCAGAGUUGCUGAAAUAUUUGAGAAAGCUAAAGAGCUUGGAUUUACUGCACGAGGAGAGAUGUUUUCAGCCGCCUGGUUAUGUGAAUUGGCGCGGGUCUUUUGGCCUGUCAACGCAGAAAUACUGCCUAUCCCUGAACCAAAUAAGCUAAUUCACUUGAUAAUGAGCGGAUGUGCUGUUCUGGUUCCAUACGACUGCGACAAAAAUCACGAACCGGCGCUGAGGAACGGGCAUGGCGCUCAUUGGGCUUUACUGGUUGGUUUUCUCGCUGUAGAAAAGAAUAUGAUGAGUUUGGAGCAAGCAUCAAACGACACGAGUGUUACGGACGAUGACGCAUUUUAUGUUUUUGCAUAUCACGGGAAAAGCAGUAGAGUCACUUAA